AUGGCGCUCCUCACCGUCCAGGGCAUGGCCAUGUCCACGGCCGCCUUCGCCUCCCACCACCACGGCGCCGUAUCCUCCUCCUCCUUCGGGCUCUCAGCCGCCGUAUCUUUCUCCCGCUCCCGCACCAACCUCGCCGUCACCGCCGUCUCGGCUCCUCUCACAUCAGUUCUUGAUGUCUACUGUGGAAGAGGGGACAGAAAGACAAAGAGAGGCAAAAGGUUCAGCCACUCAUAUGGGAAUGUGAGUCCUGCACGGCCCCGUAACAAGAACAAGGGAACAGGCCCAGCACGGCUUUACGCCCCUCCAGCGCCUCCUAGGAAGGAUCAGUUUGAGGACGGGGAGAUCAUCGCAAUUGAGAUUGAUGAUGACAUCAUGGAAAGGAUGGAUUAG